AUGCGAGUGAAUGAGCAUGUUGUCGCUGAAAACGACAGUGUCGCACAGCAAUGGCUAGCACUCGUUGCAUCAUUCGAUCACCUCGACGCCCCUCGAUCCCGCGUAGAAUUUAUUGCCGCACGGUACCGGAAACAGCCAUGCCGAGUGGUUCAGCGGAUCCAGGGCGCUUUCAAUUACUGCUUCAGAAUCCGAUUCGACGAUGCCAACGAUGAAUGGAUUAUUCGUUUCCCGAUUCCCGGGUACGCAAUGGAUCCAUGCCGAAAAACGCAAAACGAAGUUGACGUCAUGCGAUUCAUCCAGAGCAACACGACGAUACCCAUUCCAAAAGUUUUUGGAUCCGGCGUGGCCGAUGGAGAUUUCGAUGGCCUCGGACCGUACAUUGUGAUGGAAUACGUUCACGGCCUCUCUCUGGAUGACCUGAUACUAGAAAACGACGAGGAGUGGGCAUUGCGGAAGGACUGUCCCGCAGAGACCAUCGAAAAGGUUUACCGGCAAAUCGCAUGCAUAUACCUCCAACUAUUUCAGCAUAGCUUCCCUAAGAUUGGAAGUUUAUCCGCUGUAGAUUCCGACGGUGUCGCUCCUGAAUGGCGCCUGGCUUUGGGACCGUUGACGUUCAAAAUGAACGAGGUGGAGCGCAUGGGUGGCGUCCGGAUUGGAGCUUCGGACGGACCCUUUGAUCAAACAAUCGAUUACUUUCAAACUCUGGUCGACCAGAGCCUGUCCCAUCUGCUCCACAAUCCCCAUGCUGGCCGAGACGAACAAGAAAUCCAAGCUGAUCGUCAUUCGAUCGAUACACUUGGCUCUCUCGCGAGACACUUCAGUUCAAAGGGAAACGUGGAAAACCAGUACAGGUUGUUCUGCGACGAUCUGCGGUUUGGAAACAUCCUCGUGGACGAAUCAUAUCAAAUCGUGGCCGUCCUCGACUGGGAAUUUUGCUAUGUCGCCCCUCAGAGUUUCCUCUGCUCGCCGCCGUCUUGGCUAAUAGGAACAGAGCCGUUCGAGUGGAAGGAUGACGACGUCGCGUAUUUCACGGAAAAAGUCGGCUUAUUCCUCAGCCUGCUGGGAGAGGAGGAGGAGAAACGAGAUGAGAAUGAUCAUAGACUCUCUCAUCUGAUGCGGGACUCUAUGCGAGAUGGGACGUUUUGGUUUAAUUUGGCCAUCAGAGAAAGCUUCCCCUUGUCGGACAUUAUGUCCCAUUGUCGAAAUUUGGAAGCUUUUCAGAAUCUUACCUUGUACUGCGGCUCAUCAUCGGAUCGAAAAGUCACGGAUAAGACACCAGAACGGCAGAAGUGGCGUGCAGUGGACAAUUCAAGUCUGUCACCAUUCUUGUCAACCAUGUGGAAAUCGUUUCGGUCCUCAUUGCCCACUAUUGAUCGAAUUUCCGAGUUGCUAAAGAGUCGUGGCCGAAGCAAAGACGUUCAUGUGGGUCGAAAUGCAGAUGAACGACAAUGA